UGUCGACUUACAGUCAACUACGUAUGUUCACCCCUCCUUUACUAACAAGUUCACGUCAAUGCACUUCCAUCCUUCAAGCCAACUUUGACAGACUCUGAGCUCGUUGAACACGCUCGAAAUAUCACGUGUUUUGUAAUGUCGUUAUUUGCUCGCAAUAUGAGGAUUCGUUUGCUUCACGUUCUCGGGUCAAAACGUACGAUGAACAGCUUUGUAUCUUCCUCAACGAUUAUACAGUACCUCCGGGAUGCACACUUCUACCCUCUGGAAUUCGAAUUCCGUGUUCACUGAACCGAUGCUGAUUGUCCCAUUGAAAACACCAUUACCACCUCUCCCAACGGAAAUUUUAACGCACAUUUUCACUCUGACCACGACCAUUGACUCUGGAGCAUCCAUUCGAUCCUUGUUACGUGUUUCCCAAAUCUUUCACGAUAUUUGCGCGCCUUUGAAAUACCACUGCUUGUCAUUGACAACAGGCUCGAGCAUUGAACAUUUGCAUCAGGAACUAAAGCGUCUAGAAAACUCUCCAGCACAUCUGCGGAGAAUACUGCACCUUUACAUUUCUCUUUCCCAAUCUGACAUACAGGGGGAUACAGAAUGUGACACCAUAAGCCAUAUAUUCUACAUCCUCCAAAGUGCCGCGGAAACUCUCAGAACUCUCACCUUCAUCUACCAUAACACAGUCUUCAGUACAUCUGUUCUAGGACAACUCUUGCGGAAGUCGUUCCCAGUGCUGACAGAAUUGACGAUACAUGGGUUCUAUCCUUUUCCAAGUCCCAUGCCUCCAAGCGAAUUACCAACCCUCAUAGAAAUGAAUAAAUCAUUCAUGCCAAUGCUUGAGCGCUUGCACCUAAGCGGUAAUCGUAACCCUUAUGGAUUGCUCCAGCUCUCCUCUCUUGACGAAUGUUUCCCGUCACUGAGCCAUCUUCGAAUUUCGGGCCUUUUAAUGGCUGGAUCAUUCGUCGAGGAGCUAAAAAGUGCUCUCGAAGAACACAUCGCCUAUGAUGAUAACCCCAAGGAUCCUUGCAACACGCCCACAUAUGUCCAAGCGAAACUGCCUUGUAGACUGCGGUGUAUCGUUCUGCAACCCGGAUUUAUGCCUCCGUCUAGUCGGCCAGGUGUAGCGGGCAGUGCAGUACAGAAGAAUUCAUGGAUGAUGACACGAUUGAAGGAUAUCGAAGAAGCUGCGAAGCGCCGUCAAAAUGUGCUCGUCACACUGAAGGCUCGUAUGCAGGAUCCGGAUAAAGUUCCCGUGAGUUCGGUGUUGCAUCGUGAUUGGUUUGGUCGGAUGAAUGGGGAUGAAGGAUGCUGGUGAUAAGUUGGUAUUAUUAACUUGCAGCUAUGACUAGUGGCUGGCAUCAUGUUCUAGAUGGAAACUUGACAAAUAUUGUUCUGUACUCCGCCGAGUUUCU